AUUCCCAGAUUAUCAACUGAGCACUGAAAAUCCAAAAUUGUUCCCGGAAUCCGAAGGUUAAUUCAAUUUUAGGGUUCCAAUGGACGAAAAUUCAAAGCCCAGAAGCGUUCUUGAUUCACUGGGUGAAGAAAUAGUGAGAAUCGUAACACCAGUCUCAAUUUGCAUGCUAUUGGUGGUUAUCCUUGUUUCAGUACUAAACAAUGAUUCAGAUUCUUCAGGUCCCUCAUUUACCUCAAUAGCCACAGUUGCCUAUAAUGAGAGCAGCUCAGACUCAAACUGGGAUAAAUUGAAAGGUGCCAUUUUGAAUGCUUUAGUCUUUGCUGUUGUUGUCACUGCUGUUACAUUCCUUUUGGUCUUACUUUUCUACUUCAGAUGCACCAAAUUCUUGAAAUACUACAUGGGUUUCUCGUCUUUUCUUGUUUUGGGAUUCAUGGGUGGUGAAAUAUGUCUGUUCUUGAUCGGAAAAUUCAGGAUUCCCAUUGAUUGCGUUACUUUUGUAUUGAGUUUGUUUAAUUUCACUGUUGUUGGGGUUUUGGCUGUGUUCAUGUCAAAGACGGCAAUUAUAAUUACCCAAGUAUAUUUGGUUGUUAUUGGAGUUUUGGUUGCCUAUUGGUUUACACUCUUGCCUGAAUGGACAACUUGGGUGCUUUUGGUUGCAAUGUCAUUGUAUGACCUAGCAGCUGUUUUGUUGCCGGGUGGACCUCUAAGGCUACUUGUUGAGCUUGCAAUAUCUAGGGAUGAAGAUAUCCCUGCUUUGGUUUAUGAAGCUCGUCCCAUUAUUAAUCCCGACUCAGUUCAAAGGGGUGCUGUUGUGCAAAGGAGAGUAUGGAGAGAAAGACGGGACAAUGAUAUUGGCUCUGAUGAAAAUUUGGAAUCUAGGUCCAACUUGAAUUCAACUGUCUAUUCUAGUUUGGAAUCAAAUUCUGGUCUUGAAAGCCUUCCAUCAAUCGGCAAGAGGAAUGCUGUUGAUGUGGAGGAUGGUCAAGUUCCAAGACCAGAUUCUGAGCUGGCUGCACCGCUAAUUCAGCAUAGGAUAAAUGUCCGAAUGAAUUUACAGGAAGGGCCAAGUGAUGAUUUUGCACUUGAAGGAAUUGGUUUGGGAUCGUCAGGUGCUAUUAAGCUGGGGCUAGGAGACUUCAUAUUCUACAGUGUAUUAGUUGCCAGGGCUGCAAUGUAUGAUUUCAUGACAGUUUAUGCAUGCUAUCUUGCUAUUAUAGCUGGUCUUGGUAUCACUCUGAUGCUUCUUGCAUUUUAUCAGAAAGCUUUGCCUGCUCUUCCUGUGUCCGUUCUGCUAGGUGUCUUGUUUUAUUUGUUAACUCGGCUAUUGCUUGAGACCUUUGUUGUACAAUGUUCGAUAAACCUGUUGAUGUUUUAGGAACAUAAUUUCCUCGUUGACAAUGGAUUACUUUCAAUUCAUGAUAUUUCUUCC